AUGGUGUUUUACCUCAUACUCCUCUUUUGUGCUUUGCUAUUGUCACCUGUGGCCCCCUUUGCAGUCUCUGAUCCUUCUGCUCCAGAAGUCGUUCGGCGUGCCGAUGUUAGCUUCGACUGUCCCAUCAUUGAUCACUGGUUCAAACACAACCGGCACUGGAUUCGAGCAUUCUCCACUACCGGUUGCAUGUCCUUGGAGACCAUUCCCGAUAAGAUCUAUGCUCUCAAUGCACUCCUGAAGCCAGACUAUAUUUCCAACGAUUUCCCAAGCCUGAUUUGCAGCCUGAACCAAAACAGAUGCGGAUGGACGUACAGCCCUCUAGACUAUCUGGGAGAGAUUGUCAAUUGCGCAUCUCCAACUUCACCCAACAGUGACGUGAACUCGAGACAGGUCACACCUGCAUGCGAGAACCUUGACGAGAUAGCACCUUUGGACCAGCCCCUUUCCCGCGCUACAGGAUACCUUGGAUCGGCAAUGGCAUCAUAA